ACUUGGACAAUUAAAACCUAUGUAAAUAAUAAAGACAUUUCCUAAUGAAGUCUCCCAUUCUCUUUCCAAUGGCUUCCCCGGCUACGAGAUUUGUCUUCGCACUUCUUACAUUUGUCACGAUGGGAAUGAUAAUCGGGGCUCUGUUGCAAUUAGCAUAUAUUCGAAGGUUGGAAGAUUCGUAUGGAACUGAAUCUUCCUUGAGAAGAUUACGUGAAACUCGGAAUGGAGGUGGUGUUCAACUUACUCGAGGUAUUUCUCAUUGGGAGGAUGAAGAAGCCUUGAUUUUACGUCUUGGAUAUGUCAAACCUGAAAUAAUUAGCUGGUCACCGCGCAUUAUUGUGUUUCAUAACUUCUUAAGUACAGAGGAAUGUGAUUAUCUUAGAGAACUUGCCAAGCCUCGUCUGCAGGUUUCUACAGUUGUGGAUACAAGAACUGGAAAGGGUAUCAAGAGUGAUGUUAGAACAAGCUCUGGAAUGUUUCUUAGCCAUGAAGAAAGGAAAAAACCUCUAAUACAGGCAAUUGAGAAACGAAUAUCUGUAUAUUCUCAAGUACCAAUAGAAAAUGGGGAGCUUAUACAAGUAUUAAGGUAUGAAAAAAAUCAGUUUUACAGACCGCAUCAUGAUUAUUUUUCUGACACGUUUAAUUUGAAGCGGGGUGGUCAACGAGUGGCAACGAUGCUUAUGUACUUAAGUGACAAUGUUGAAGGAGGAGAAACGUUCUUCCCACAGGCUGGAUCAGGCGAGUGUAGCUGUGGUGGGAAAAUGGUUGAAGGAUUGUGUGUGAAGCCAAAUAAAGGAGACGCUGUGCUUUUCUGGAGCAUGAUCGGGGUGCUUCAACAUGGUAUUUGAGCUGAGUUGAGGGCUUGACGGACAAUCAGACCCGAGUAGCCUACACGGUGGAUGUAAAGUAUUGUCGGGAGAGAAAUGGUCUGCUACUAAAUGGAUGAGACAGAAAACUGCGACCUAAUCUUGCUUCAACCUCUCGAGAUUCGACCUCUCAAAUUUUUCGAGGUAUACUAAAAUGAUACAUUAAUGGUUAGUGUGAAUUAGUACAAAUGAAAGAGGGGUUUUCAUUGCUUGGUGAUCAUAUUGAAAAGAGAAGUGCCCUUGUAAUACAAUGUAUGUAUAGUAGUUGAUUUGUUUUAUGGCACAAACAUGUAAAAUUUGUUGUCGGAAAGCAGUUCACAUCUCUGAGUGACCUUUCUGGACUGCGAUUUAAUUGAUUUGAAUCCAUUCCCCGAGACUUACUUUGA